ACGACACCGAACGACUGCUACGAAUUUAUCCAAUCAUAGAAGACGUUUAAAUAUAAGCAUUUCAAGAUGUCGUAAUUAAUUAAGAAAUGGAUGCAGCACCAGUAAUUAAUUAAUCCGACAACAAUUAGUUUAACAACUUUGUAAAAUAGAUUUGUAUAAUAAUCAACGCAUCAGUUACACCCAUAUUAAUCUUAAUAUCCAACAUUGCACAAUAAGAAUUACACUACCAAAAACAAACCACAAAACAAAACAAAAAAAUCUAAUUAUAAUUACUAUAAAAAGUACGAUAAGCAAAAUAAGAAAAGAUGACCGAAAAAGAAAUGCAAGCACACGAUAUGGUGAGGCGGCGCAACUGGUCGCGUGCCGUUACGCUCUACGACCAAAUCCUAGAGCAAAUCACUGCAGCUGUUACCGCCACCGCUAUUGUCUCCGCCAACAGUAACAACACGGCCAAUUGUAAUACAGCAUUGGCGCGUUCGCAAAAAGAUCGACAAAUCGCUUGCCUUUUGGGCCGUUGCGAAUGCAUGCUGGAGCUGAGCCGCUAUGAGCAGUGCCUCGCCGAUGCGCGUAAAGUAUUGGCGUUGCUAGCCGAUCAGUCGGCGGAUUGUUUGGCAAGUGUAUCACGUGCGCGCCGUUGGCUCGUGCAUGCGUUAUGCAAGCUGAAAAAAUAUACCGAAGCUGAGCAGCUGCUGCGUGAGUGGAUUGGCGAACUGAAUGGUCAUCAAAGUUUUUUAGACAUUUCCAAAACAUUGGAACGCUACAAAUCCAUUAUACAAAUGAUAAACGGACAUAAGUCCACACAGAAGAUCUCACAGUCACGGCUUGAAGACGAAAUGUCCAUAUUGGACACCAAACUCGACCAUUGGGCUACCAAUAACCUGCCGUUGGACAAAUACAGCAAAUUGCUGAGCAACAAGGGACUGAAGAAAACACGUGAAGGCGUUAGCGAACGCGGUGGUGGUGACGGACGUGGUAAUAGCAACAAUAGCGCUUGCAAUAAUGUUGGCCCCGGGCAACAUAAUGGCUCUAUUGGUAGCGGUGGUGGCAGCAGUAGUAUAAGUAGUAGUAGCAGUAGUGGAAGUGGUAGUUCCACAACAAUAUUGCAAAAGACAACCGAUUUGUUGGCCGCGAUAAAGGUGACGGGCGGCAAGCAUGGCAUGUCAAGUGCUGGUGGUGCCAUCGAAGACAAUGACAAUGCCACCUACUGUUCCUACUGUGCGAUUAGUUUUGAGACGCGUAAUGAGUUGCGACAACAUUGCCAGACUGAAAGUCAUCAAAAUGUUAUUAUGUCGUAUGAGGGGCGCGACUGGAAGUGGCGUCCACCACCCCGCGGCUUCACUUUGGACUCAUAUACCUUGUGUGAGGCAUACCAAGAAUCACAGACAUGCCACUAUGGUAAUCAAUGCGUUGAGGCACACGGACAAGACGAGCUAAACGAGUGGAAGGAACGUUUCGAAUAUCGACGUAUGCGCCUGCAAAAGGCCAGCGAAAAAGAGCUCUACGGCAAAUCAUACACCGAACAAAUAUUAGAUCGUUGGAUACAAGCGACAGCGCCCGAACGCAUUAUGUGCGAAAAAGUGGACGGCGUUGAGGUGCGUUGCGAGCAAGAGCUAGUGACGAGCAUCAGUUCAAAGAGCUCUAAACGUGAGUGGAUUUUCGUGCUGAAGUCGUCGCGUGUGUUACGUGCCGUUGCGCUCUUGCAAGAUGCGCACCGCAAUCAUUAUGCCAUAACCGGCAUUAAAGUGGACGGCAAUGCGCCGAUAUACGAUCUUAAAUCCAAUCAAGAAUGGGUCUCAAACACUUACAAGGCGUCAUCAAUUGAGAAAGACACCACGAAGUCAACAAGUGAGUUCAACGAUACAACGCUGUCAUCGGCGCUUGCUAACUUGUCAACGGACGCACAAGCGCCAAUUUUGGAGCAUAAAGUGACGAUCGAAUUUCACACAGACAUUUAUGGCACAUUUCGUCAAACAGUAUGCUUUGAUUUGGGCGCCGAACCAUUGCUGGUGCAACAGCUUUGUGUCGAUGUAGUGCCGGUUGGUGAUGCUGAGCGCAUUGAGGAGAUCAAACGCGACAUUAUUAAUAGUUCGGUGACGCGUUGGGAUGUUUCCAAUACGAAUUUAGUAAAAUUCGAGACCACCAUUGGUACACACCUGAAGACUGAAGCCUAUCUGAACGAUCUGAAGCAUGAGAAAGAGAUGCUUGAACGCUAUCCUUGCCCGCGUGCGCAAACCUUCACACUAACGCAAUCGACAAUUGUCGAGAAACGUCUGACGCAACAUAAUUACCGUUCGCGCAUACACGAACUGCUGUAUGUGGAGGAGAUAGCACGUUACGAGCAAAUCGCACGCUAUAAUGUGCGCACCAAAUUGACUGUAACAUCUAACUAUAUACUGACACCGGCUGGUAUGGCCACCAGUACGGCGAAAUUCUCGUUGACGGGCGAAUUAUUCGCCUUAAUGCGUCUCGGCAAAGACAUUUCCGAGGACACUUCAGCUGGACGUUUAAUACUUUCAAAUUGCUCUAGCGUUUACAUCAGCGCACCGGAGGAGUUGCACGCCUUAAAGGAACGCAAACGUAAUGUCUACGAGGCGACCAUUGAGGAUAAGGGUAAAAAUGUAAUCUAUCUCAAAUUAUCUGCGAAAUGUGUGGAAGGCAUGAAUUUGAAGGCUGAUACCGAAAUCGAAGUCGACAUACAAUUCCAAUUGAAUCGUUUGCCAUAUUGUGAAUGGCAUAAUGCAGUUGAUAAAAUAACCGAUUUCAAAAUCAUAUUUCCUGCCACCGAAAUCGAACCGAAUAUCCCGUGGACGCCGAAAAAACAAUGGUCCGACGCGUGUGAACCGAAGCUAAAUGCGAAACAACGCGAGGCGGUGAAUGCUAUCACCACAUCGUUGGGCAUUAAAUUGCCGCCCAUUUUGUUGAUUGGUCCAUUCGGGACGGGUAAAACAUAUACGCUGGCGCAAGCAAUCAAACAACUCUUAACACAGCCUGAAGCGAAGAUUUUAAUUUGUACACAUUCGAAUUCAGCCGCCGAUUUGUAUAUUAAAGAGUAUCUACAUCCGUGGAUUGAGCAGGGUUUGGAGGAGGCAACGCCAUUGCGUGUAUACUACCACAAACGUUGGGUGGCCACGGUGAACAGCGUGGUGCAGAAGUACUGCAUAACGGACGGCGCUGGAAAUUUCCGUCGACCCACCGUCGAGGACAUCAAAAAGCAUCGAAUUGUUGUGGUAACACUAAGUAUAUCGAUGGAAUUGGCCAAUCUCGGCCUACCCAAAGGAUACUUCACUCACAUAUUUCUUGACGAAGCCGCACAGGCUAUGGAAUGUGAGGCAAUAAUGCCGCUGGCGCUCGCUAAUGACAGCACGCGCAUUGUACUGGCCGGUGAUCACAUGCAAAUGAGUCCCGAACUCUUCUCCGUCUUUGCAAAAGAACGCAAAUUGCACAUUUCGUUGCUCGAACGCUUGUACGAUCAUUAUCCUUCGAAUUUCCCGUGUAAAAUAUUACUUUGCGAAAACUAUCGCGCACAUGAGGCGAUCAUAAAAUUCACAUCAGAAUUAUUUUAUGAGCAAAAAUUAAUUGCUUCCGGCAAGCAACCGCGUCACGAACGUUUCUAUCCGCUCACAUUUUUCACCACGCGUGGUGAAGAUGUGCAGGAUAAGAAUUCAACAGCAUUUUACAACAACGCCGAAGUGUACGAGGUGGUGGAACGAGUUUCCGAGUUGCGCCGUAAGUGGCCCGUUGCUUGGGGCAAGGUAAAUGAUGCCAGUAUCGGCAUAAUGACACCCUAUGCCGAUCAAGUGUUUCGCAUACGUUCGGAGUUGCGCAAGCGCCGCAUGGGUGGGAUCUCAGUGGAACGUGUGUUGAAUGUGCAGGGCAAACAAUUUCGCGCUGUCUUCCUCUCCACCGUACGCACGCGCGCCACAUGCUUGCCACAAAUGAUAAACGCAAUGAUGGGACAGGGUGGCAUGCUUCCAGGAAUGGGUGGUAUGGGCGCAUUGCCCGCGGAGGAUGCCGAUUACGGUUUCUUGAGUAACUCCAAGCUGCUGAACACGGCGAUUACACGCGCGCAAAGUUUGGUCGCCGUUGUUGGUGAUCCAGUGGCGCUCUGUUCAAUCGGUCGCUGUCGCAAGGUGUGGGAGCGCUUCAUCGAAAUAUGUGACGAGAACAAAUCCUUAUUCGGCAUAACAUGGUCAUAUAUGCGUUCGCAAUUGGAUGUCGUGGAGCUAAAACGUGGCUAUGUGUUAAAUCCAUUGGCGCCCGAAUUCAUACCGCGCGCCAUGCAACCGGAAGCGUAUUUGCGCGAUCAAACAGCCAUGUACUUGAUGAGCGCUGCAGGCGCCAAUGUCGGUAAUCAUCACGGUGGGCCUCAUCCCGGCGCUGGACCACAUCAUACCGGCGGACCAUUGCCGCCACACGCAGCCGGCAUGUUGGCCGCUGCUGCCGCAGUAGGAGGAGGCGGCGGACCAGGCGGUGCGCAAAUGCAGCCACAUCAUGCUGCGAUGGCGGCCGCUGCCAAUCACCAACAACAAAUGCAAAUGCAAAUGUACGCGCAGCAUCCAGCUGCUGCAGCCGCUUACAACGCAGCCGCCGCAGCUGCGGCAAUGAUGAAUCAGAAUAUGGUAUCUGGCAAAGGCGGCGCCGGUGGGCAUCACUUCCCUGGACCAACACAUGGACCAAAUCACAUGAAUAUGCGCGCUUUGGGACCACAUCAGCCGGGCGGACCGCAACAGCAGCCAGGACCACCACCGCCAGGACCGCUGGGGCAACAGUAUAACAUGCGUGGACCGCCGCCACCACCUUCCGCUGUACAUUUGAAUCAGCCGCCACCACCAGGCACUGGGGGCGCGCCAUCACAAUUCGCCGCGCAGUACAUGCCAUGGCAGCAAGCACAGCAGCAAAUGCGCGGUGGGCCACCAGGUGGUGGUGCUGGUGGCAACUAUCCACCACCAGGCGCACAGGGACCACAAUCGCAGAAUCCGAACGCCAGUCUUUGGGGUCCACCACCGCAGUCGAAUCCUUGGAGCGCGCUGCCGAACAAGCAACAGCAAAUGCCACCGCAACCGCCACCGAACAGUGUGAGCGGUGGCGGUGGCGUUAGGCAAAUGGGUCCACCGCCACCAAACGCGCAACAACAGCAAUCGGCGGUGGGUAUGCGCGGCGGUAGUGUACCGCUGCAGCCACCGCCGCCAAAUACGCAGCAGCUGCGCGCCAACUCGAAUGAUAUGGGCUACUUAGCGAAAAAGGCUUACGGGCCACAUGCCGCGCCAGGCGGACCACAACAACAACCGCCACUGCCGCAUGGCACUUUUGGCGCGUACGUGGGCAAUAAUGCACCACCGCCACCGCCCAGUCAAUUGCAAUUGUUGAACCAACGCAAUAUGGGUGGUGGCAUGCCGAACGGACCCAUCAGUCCACUGGAUCCCUAUAUGCAGCGUGCGCAGGGCGGCACUGGUCAGGCGGGAACGCCGCAAUCAGCAAACAACUUCUUUGGCGGUGGCGGCGGUGUAAAUAAUAUCUCAGCGCUGAGUAAGGAUAGCAAGGACUUCCAGUUUCUCAAUAAUGUGCAUAUGCCGCCGCUGAAUUUAGGUGGCAGCGGUGGAGGAGGCGCCAAUGGUGGCGCGAAUAAUCUUUUCCAACCACCUGGCGCGUUGCAGCCGCCUGCACCAGGCAACAACAAACAGCAGUCACCGUCAGCGCAACGUUUUCCACAGCCGCAAGAGUAUGCCGCACUACUGCCACCCAAUAUGAGCAUCUACGACAUGGCCUUCGAGCCGAAGGACUCGCAGUACAAGUGGUGUCUGAAGCUGCUCGAAACACAUGGUCAAGAAGCGGUAAACAAAUUCACCGAAGGUCUCGGACAAGUGCUUAAUAUGCUGAACCAACAACAACAGCACCAGCAACAACAUGCCCAGCAGAUGAACGCGCGUGGUCCGCAAAUGCAACCGCCACCACCACCGCCGCAUCUCAAUAUCAAUCAGUUACUGCCGCGAGAUCUGAUGCAGCAAUAUAUGCUGCCCGCUUUGAUGGGAGGCGGCAACGCCGGUGUGGGACCACAACCACCAAUGCAGCAGCAACAGCAACAACAGCAGCAGCAGCGCAACAGCCUGAUAGGCGGCGGCAUGCAUCACUCAUACCCGAUGAACCCCUUGGCUGCCUUGGGUAAUCAACAAGGACCUCAGCAGCCGCCACCACCACCAUCCCUAUUGCCACCACCCACAGACGAGACGCCGCCAUUAGAUGGCAUCAACUUUAACCAACAAAUCGAUUUAGCCUUCAAUACUUUGUUGAAUGGCAGCAAUGCGCAGCCAAUAUUGCGCAAUCUCUUCAGCAACACGGGCAACCGCGGCGCAAAUAGCAACAGUUUAAUGAAUGGCGGCGAUUUUCUGCUUGCGUCCAGUACAUCGGCAUCGUCUUUGGUCAGCACGAGUACUUCGGCGUCUGGUGGUUUGGGCGGUCAUGAGUCAAUGCCACCGCAACAGCAAAUGAAAUUGUUCCCGGGCUUAGGUGGAGGUGGUGGCGCAGGCGGAGGCGCUGGUGAUUUAGGUGGUGGAAAUAUUUUAGUUUCAGCCUUGCAACAGCCGCUAUUGAAUAACAUGCAGAAAGGACCGAUGUUUGCGCCAAUGCAACAUCAACAACAGCAGCCACAACAUAUGCUCGGUCAACCGCCGUCACAGCAGCAGCAGCCACCGGUUGGUGGUAGUUUCUUAGGAGGAAAUUCCUUAUUGAAUAGCAAAGAUUACUUGCUAGGCGGCGAUGACAGCAUACUCAGUGGCGGCUCGAGCGUACCACUCUACCGACGUCAAGCGAUGGGAAACGGCAGUUUGAGCAACAGCAUCAACUCCAGCGGUCAAAACCACAGCCACAACAGCGGUCACAAUAACAGCUACAAUAAUUUGGGCGCACAUACGGCGACAGGCGCCGGUGGCAGUAAUAACAGCGGACAUUUAUUGCCACCACCCGACAACAUACUCACAGGUGGCACCACUGACAUACUAGCCGGACUGAAUACGAGCGCAAGCAACCUGAUUGAAGCGCUGUUCCAGACGAACGCGACAACAAGCUCGGCGCCCACCACCUCAAUGCCGAAUAAUACAAUAACAACAAGUACCGGUUUGGAGCAGCAACAUCAACCACAACCGACGCAACAGCAAACUGCCGGCGGCAAUAAAAACACCAGUUCGUUUCAGAAGAUGUUUAACAGCUAUGACAUUUACGGCUCGUCUGCAGCGACAGCGAAGAAAUACGAAUUGGAUUUGUUUAUGCGCGACCAUCCGCUGGGUGGCGGCGGUGGUGCUGGCGGUAUGGGUAGUGUUGGCGCUGGUGCUGGCAAUGUGGCUGGCGGUAAUAGUGGCGCUAACGAUGCACCGCUUACGAAUAAUCAUCAGGCGCAUUAUCACAACAACAACGCUGAUAGUCGCAACAACACCACUUAUGCGGCAGUGCUUAGUCAAGGACAACAUCAUCAACAACAGCAGCAGCAACAACAACAUCAGCAGCAGCAACACCACCAACAGCAGCAACAGCAUCAUCACCAACAACAACAGCAACAUCACGCCAUACAGCAACAGCAACAACAUAAUAAUUUCCAUCAUCAUCAUCCAAGCGGUCAUCACGUCGAACCGCCCACAAGCGCUGCACCAGGUAGCGGCCUUGGCGGCGCUGGUGCUGGCAGUGGUAAUACUAGUAGUGGUGGUGGUGUUGAAGUGGAGAAGGACCUCUUUGCCGCCAUACGUGAACUGGGUCAAGGCACAAAUGGAUUCUAUAAUUAUUUCCAAUAAGUUUUGCUGCAGUCAAAGUUUUACCUUUCUUUGGUAUGUGUUGGCGGUGUGGUGAAUUUCUCAUUUUGAAUUGUUUUGUGUGGCUUGUUGGUGUGAAUGUUGUAAACGCCGUAAGCGUUAUUCGUUGCACAGCAUAGACGACGACGUAAUGAUGUAAUAGUGUUGUGGGCGCGUUGUGCUAAAAAUAUUCGCCGGCAGUCAGUGCGUACAUUGGUGGGUUAAAAAUAAACAAUCGCUGUGCUCUAGUGCGUGGUGGUGACAAUUACCAACAGUGCAUGUGCAGUUAUAUUUAACGUUAAUGAGGUAUUGUGCUCAUUUUGCUUUUGGUACACACAAAAACUGUCAUCUUAGCUGAGAUUCAGCAGCUAGCGUUGAUUAUAUGUGCAUGUGGAAUUUAAAAAAAACAACAAAUAGUGGUGAAUUUUUAAGCAAAACAAAAGUGACUUUGG